UUCUUUGAUCAGUAACAAUGUUAUCAGUGGUGACAAAAAUUAUCAUUAAUUUUCUAGAGUAUGCACCAAAUAACACACAUGUGGCAGUUAUACUUCUGUCAGACCAGAUGCUGGAUACAUGCGAAGUUGGUCAGACAGCACUAUUGUGGUUUCUGUUUCAAAGACUCUGAGUCUGUAAGAUUGCCAAAACUUCAGCCUUAAAAUAAAAGAGCAGAUAUGCAGAGCUGCACCAAACUUCCACCUGUCCUGGCUGUGAGACAUUAGUGUAUGCUUACAGAAAGGGUGGAAAAUAUGAGCAACAGCAGAGGAUCUUCCAACCAACUCACCCAGCUUCGUAAAGCUUGGGGACUUUGUAUUGCUUAAUAGCCCUCAAUGGAAUUUUUAUUUCACAGAUUUGCGUAAUUGCCUAUUAAACCACUUGUACUUUUGAACCAAAAUAUCCUGUGGAAAUGAGUUCCAUGAUUUAAUGACAAUUUGCCUGGGAAAACACUCGCUUCUGUUUGUUUUAAACUUGUUAGUUGAUUAUGCCAUUUAGAGACUCCUCUUCCUGAAUUAUAAGAGAAUAUCAAGGAAUGAGAACAUAAUUUCUCCCUACCAGUCAGGACUUUAUAACUGCUGUUGUCUUGUUCCCUUUCCUCAGCUAUCUCUCAUACACUGAAGUCAUUCCAUGAGUCUGCUCAUCCUGGUCUCCAUGUUCUACUUUUUUUGUUUGGUUUGGUUUUGUUUUGUUGUUUUUUUUUUUUUUUUUUUUUUGUUUUGUUAAUUACUUUAUUUUUGACAGAGGGAUAAGAACAGCAUAGAUCCUUCAGGGAUUCACAAUGUGUUGACACAGUAUUUUCAACUUUUUUCUUGCGUAGAUAUUUUGUAAUAUUUUCAGAAUUUCUGUUUUCUUUUUUAACCAUUUCUGAGCCUUCAGAAGAGUUUCCAGUAUCUUUCCUCAGUAGAAACAGCUAAUUCAGAGAUCUAUAAACACAAUGAUUAAUUAGAACUAUUUUUCCCCUUGAUGACCUAUCUUUAUGCAUCAACACUUUCAGCUGACGUUUUAGCAUUUGCUCGAUUUUGUUAUAUUCUUUUACAAAUAUUUAUUGUUUUGAUCAUGCUGAAUAGCAUUCUGUAAUAAGCUUUAUAUCUUCAUUAUUAAUCCCCACUCCAGAUAGCUUAAACAUAUUACUUAGGAAUAUUUGAAAAACUAUAGAGCACAGAAUUGAAAGGAACUGUACUAGCAACAUCUAUUUGUAAACUGAGUAUUUAUUCCUUCUUUUUGUUUCCAGUUAUUUGGUUAACAAGCUCUUAAUAAACACUAUAUACCUAGCUCAGCAAGUGAACAAAACCCUUCCAACUUCAAAUUCUGUAUGGGACAAGGACAUAAUGACAUAAAAUUACCAGUAGCUAUCUAUUGAGCCUGAAUCAUCAGCCAUAAAAGCUGACAGAAGACUUUCUAUUGAUUUGUGUAAGAAUUGGAUUAAAUACCUAAGUGGUAUAUGUAAACAUUUUAAUGCUGAUCUUUUCAAAAUACAACAAUGAUUUAUUUCAAGCAGUACUUUUUACAUGAACCUGAUGUCGUAGCCAGAAACCUGUCUACUGACAAAAGCUAAUACAUUAGGCUUAUAAACUCAUACCUUUCUAACUGAAGAAGCACUGUGAAGCCUGUUAAUUAAAGAAACCUCCCAAACACCUAAAAUGCUAAGGGAUGAAGUGUCUUGGUUUUCAAGUCAACAGAGAAAUGGUCAAGUCUUCAAAGGAGCAAAAUUAUUACUGUACUUCAUAGUGGUGACUACUUUUGAAGAAAUUAAAGGUUUUGUAGGAGCUUCUAGGCUACCAGAAUGAAAAAAGUGGAAAGCAAGCAUGAAAUUCUGCACACAAUUACCUUGGGCUGGCUAGGAAAAGCAAUUUUAAAUAAUAUGUAAUACUAAUCCCCAUAUAAUAAGAAAAAUAAUCUUGCAUAUCUAUUUAGUUCGCAGUAUCCAACAUUUCUCUUAAAAUGCAGAUUUCUACUUUAAACAAAACAGAGCUUCAGAAAAAGUUCAUGUAGAGAAAUGCUUUCAAGUUAACAGGCACUACUUUUCUAAAAGAGAAUGCUUGUUAAAUUGCUGUGCAAUGUACCAUAGAAGUUUCACAAUGUGCCACAUUUAGCAAAUACGUAGCUUGUUAUACACUGACAAAAUAGAUACACAGCAUAUAGAAAACGGCAUUUUAGGUUAAACAGUUAUUAUUCUAGCAAAGCUCUCAUCUUGUGAACAGCCUGGUACUGAGCACAAAGCACCUGAGAUAUCAGGGAAAACAAUGGCUCGACCCCAGUAACGUAUCAAACACAGAGGGCAGUGUCUGCAGGAUGAAAGCCUCGCGGCGCUGGCCACCUGCAGGCGUCCUGAGCUCUCUGGUGAGCAGCUUAUUCUGGAUGGGCGAGUGGCCUGCUGUAUUGAUUCUUCACGGUCUGUUAGUAGCCCAUCACCUUUACUGCACUACAGUACCUCAGACGGCUCGGUUUGCGCCCGUGCAGCGAACUGGGAGUAGUCAGCUCUGCUUACGAUAACCGGCUGGCCUCGCAGUGCUUCAGUGAGGGCAAAGCGAGCUUGCAGGUCCACCUGCCGGCUGAGGGCCGGGGGGCCCGGCACGGCAGAGCGGAGCCGCACAAGCCGCGAGUCUGGUAGAGAUUCACAGUCUCAGAGGGAAGCUGGGAGCCGUCCUCGGCCGCGCUCCCGCGGGGCCGCGGCCUCUCAGCCGUUAACGGCCCAGCCGCGGGUGCCUCCGCGCAAAGCCACCGGAGAGGCUGGCACGCGGCCUCCCGGCGCCUCGCAGCAGCUCCGCGGGGCCGAGCGGUGACGUGUGCCCGGCGGCGGCGGCUGAGCCCCGCCUCGCCCAGGCGGCGCGGCGGGGGAGGCGGCUGCGGGCGUGGGGCGCUACCCCAAGCCCGGUCCGCAGCCGCUGCUCCUCCGGCCCGGCCUCGCCGGCAGGAUGGUGGGAGCGAGAUGAGCCCCGAAUCGAAGCCGCCACCAGCCCCGGCCCGCGGGGGGGAAGAGGAGGAAGAAGAGGAGAAGGCGGUGGCGGCGCCGUCGCCGUGGAGGGGGGGCGGCUGCAUCAUGCUGGUGAAGAGGGUCGGCCUGAAGGCGGGCGGCGGCGGCGCGCAACAAGGUAUUGGUCGGCCAAGUGUAUACCAUGCAGUGGUGGUCAUAUUUCUAGAAUUCUUUGCCUGGGGGCUCUUGACGACUCCAAUGCUAACGGUCUUACAUGAAACAUUUUCCCAUCAUACAUUUUUAAUGAAUGGUCUUAUUCAAGGUGUUAAGGGUUUUUUGUCUUUUCUCAGUGCUCCGCUAAUAGGUGCUCUAUCAGAUGCGUGGGGAAGAAGAUCAUUUCUCCUUCUUACUGUUUUCUUCACCUGUGCCCCAAUUCCAUUAAUGAGAAUAAGUCCAUGGUGGUACUUCGCUAUGAUAUCCGUAUCUGGAAUAUUUUCUGUUACCUUUUCUGUAAUAUUUGCAUACGUAGCUGAUGUAACACAAGAACAUGAAAGAAUAACAGCCUAUGGACUGGUAAGAUACGCUAAACUUGAAAAAAAGGUAUCUGCCACCUUUGCAGCAAGUUUGGUAACUAGUCCUGCCAUUGGAGCAUACCUGUCUGCCAGCUAUGGAGAUAACCUUGUUGUACUAGUGGCCACACUGGUGGCAGUUGUGGACAUCUGCUUCAUCCUGCUAGCUGUACCAGAAUCUCUACCAGAAAAAAUGAGACCAGCUUCAUGGGGAGCUUCUAUAUCAUGGGAGCAAGCAGACCCUUUUGCAUCUCUGAAGAAGGUUAGAAAAGAUUCUACGGUUCUCCUGAUCUGCAUUACAGUGUUUCUCUCCUAUCUGCCUGAGGCUGGCCAGUAUUCUAGCUUUUUUCUGUACUUGCGACAGAUUAUAGGUUUUGGAUCUGCUAGCAUUGCGGCAUUUAUAGCUGUGGUAGGCAUUCUGUCUAUAGUAGCUCAGACUGUGUUUCUUAGUAUCUUGAUGAGAUCUAUAGGGAACAAAAAUACUGUUCUCCUUGGCCUUGGCUUUCAGAUCCUUCAGUUGGCGUGGUAUGGUUUUGGAUCUCAGUCUUGGAUGAUGUGGGCAGCAGGAGCUGUAGCAGCAAUGUCAAGCAUUACAUUCCCAGCAAUCAGUGCUCUGGUUUCACGAAAUGCAGAGUCAGAUCAACAAGGUGUUGUCCAAGGAAUAAUAACUGGAAUAAGAGGUCUGUGUAAUGGCCUGGGACCAGCACUAUAUGGCUUUAUUUUCUUUCUGUUUCAUGUGGAGCUCAGUGAAUUGCCACCUGAUCAGACUUCUGGGAAAAAAGCAAUGCAAGAUCCCAGUGAUGAGAGAGCAAUCAUUCCUGGUCCACCCUUCCUGGUUGGAGCAUGCAUUGUUCUUCUGGCUUUUCUAGUCGCCUUAUUUAUUCCUGAGCACAGCAAAGCCAGCAGUGCCAGAAAACACAGCAACAGCAUCAGCAGUACUCUGAGUAACAACCUAGACCGAAGCAGUGAAGAGGACAUUGAACCACUGCUGCAAGAUAGCAGUGUAUGAAGGCUACCUUCUGAGGAGAAUAUGGUACAAAUUCAUGCACGGAAUUGUGGCUCUGGAGGCUUAGUGGGUUGUAUGGGGUAUCGGGCCUCUGAAAGGAAGGCAGCUGUGUACAAGGGAAGGCCACAUGCUAUAUGGUACUUGAGGUUGAUACCACAUUUGCUGGAGGGUUUCUUUAGCAUGGCAGGUCACAACUAGGUGUGAUUCUACCCAGUACUUGACUGCAGAUGCUGUGUCAAAUCCUGGUAUUGGGUAGAAACCUGAAUAUCAAACAUAAUGGAAUUUUUUUAAAGUUUGAAUGUUCACUUCCCAAAGUUGUAUCCAAAAUAAUCAGGUUUGAGGCAGAGUGGUUUCUGCCACCACUGUUAGAGGUUGUUUUGUGUUUCUUAUGCCUUUUGUCUGCAUGUAGGCCUCAUGAUGUGAGAGAGGGACUGAUCUGUGUAGUUCUGGUAUCUGAAAUAGUAGUUACCAAUAAAAGUAACUAAAUUUCCUGAAGACACAUUCUCAAAUAUUAUUUAGCAAUGAGACAUCCAGUAGUUAGCAGAAAGCAAUGAUGAAACUGAGAUGACUUCUGAGUGUGUAUGAUCACACGUGACAGUCAUUACCUGUAAAUGAAAGUCAUAUUGAGGUCUUAAACCCACAUUCCAGAACAGUCAGUUCUGAGCAGUUAAAGCAAAUCCAGAUGGCACCUGAGAGCGCUGGUCGCAGUAAUGCUUUGCUAAUAAAGAACAGAACUUUAAUUGUAAAAUGAGCAAUGUCAGAAAUAUGGACACUCUGUGACUUCUGAGGUAGGAAAAACAGUGGGUGCCAGAGUAGUUUACAUCAAGAAAUAUGUAUAUUUAUUGCAUUUUGUCACUUUAUCUGCCAUAUAAAAUAAUCUUUUUUAUUAAUUCUUUUCACUCCUGCCUUAACAGCUGCUUACUGUUCAGUUAUUAAUCAUAUUUAGCCUUCAUAUCACUGUCUUACUUGCUGAAUCUCAUGGAUACAUUCAUAUCAAAUUUCCUUUCUAAAAGAUGCUUUAAAGGACUUAUGAAUGGCUACAAAUGUGCUAAUUUUUAGAGACAUUUUAUGAAAAAUACACAGAUUUAUAUGUAUUUUGCUGCAGUGUAAAUGGACCAUUAAACCCAACUUUAAUGAAGUACUCCUAUGAAUGUUUUAUAUGUAUGCAAUAUAUGUAGAUAUUUGUAAGGAGUUUUAAUUUUUCCAGAAGGGGUGCAGUGUAAAUCAUGUAUUUAUAAAUAUAAUGAGGGUACUGACAGAUAUACAGUUUUUUAAAAGGAUUGUGUAUUGACUGAACAAAUUAAAAAAAUAUAUAUUUUGAAACUUGUUCCACACUGAGCAAAGAUAACAAACCUUUUGUACAAUGCAGUUUGGUUUUUAAGUUAAUAAGCUUCCUAAUGCAUAAUAAAUCUACAUCUUAAGCUUUUUA